AAACAUCACCUUUGUACAAGUUACAAGAAAGACCUCCUCCUCUGGAUUAAGCCAACUCUUUGCCAGUCCUUGCGGUUUCCUUUGCCCAGUAAAGAUGUCAUCUUAGUGAGUGGGCUGAGUGGACACCAAAGAGAGACAGCACAAGCAAACUGUGACAGUGAAAUGCAGCAAUAUGAAGCUGACCCUGGUACAGAUCUUUGUCAUCAUGCUUCUGCUGCUACUGGGCCUGGGGUCGGGCCUAGGGCUGGGGCUUCAAAUGGCUGCAGCAGUCCUGGAGGACAGUGAUCAGCCACUGAAUGAAUUUUGGUCCAGUGACUUACAGGACAAAGCUGAGGCCACUGAGGAGAGAAAGGACACUCAAACCCCAGAAACCCUGGUGCUUAGCAACAAAGCAAUUGUGCAGCCUGGCUGGCCAGAAGAGACCGUCUUCAGUGAAGAUGAGGUUGGAGGGAACCAAGGUCUCAGAGCGGAGGCCCGCUUUCAGAGCUACAGAGACUAUCUUAGGCUUGACUUGACAGCCAGAGAAUGUAAUGCCAUGAUGGCACCCAAGGUGAUGCAGCGUAAUCACAGUUGCAUACCUGAGUACACAUUCAUCCAUGAGGAUCCCAAAAUAGUCAAAGCCGUCUGUAACAGUCCUGCUGUAGCCUGUGAGCUCAAGGGGGCCAAAUGUCACAAAAGCCCUCGCCCUUUUGACUUAACAUACUGCAAGUUGUCUAAACUAAGCCAAGUCACCCCCAACUGCAAUUACCUAACUUUCAUUAUGGAAAAGGUCAUUCUUAUAACCUGUAAGGACAUGAAGCUCCAGUUAACAGCUAUACAAUGAAGCAGCUUAUCCUAUUCCUUCUCUACAUCUUAUUCUCUUCCAUUUGCUUUCCCAUUUCCAUUUUCUCUUGCUGCUCUCCUCUUCUUAGGUAUCCUGUGGAAAAGGUCUUGAGAAGAGAAGACAGAUUAUUCUUUAUCAUUCUCUUCUGAAAAUAAAGUUCAUCUUUGCCUUAGGGGUCAUGUAAUUUUUGUUUUGGUCCUGGGAACAGAGGUGGGAGAAUAGAGCAAAGAUGCCUAGUUUUUCUGCCUGUCUUUUCUAACCCUUGCCCUGGAAAGGGGUAAGAAAACUACUGCUCUUGUCCUUACCAUAACCCUUGUCAUCAGUCUGUUCCCUGGUCUGAGUUUACCUUUGGGUAUGAAUUUAAUGCAUCCUUUGCCCAUCUCCUCCCUCCUACCCACCUUGAGCUUCUAUGCCAAUUACAUGACUCCUAGGCUUUGCACAAUAGCACUUCUCUGCUGUGGAUGCAAAUCUGUGACUGCCUCUUGAAAACCAUGUGGCCCAGGUCUCUUUAGAUGAGCCUGGGGGGGAAAAUAUAGGGCCUAGAUCUGGGCGUCUGCUGAUAUUUGGCAGGGGAUAUAGAUCACAACAGAAUUCAUGCUGUCGAAGGGGCAAGGAAGCCCUCUUUUUCCUAACUCUUUUUCUACCCUUUUAUCUUCCCUGCCAUAUUCACUACAUGCCUCUUUGCUUUGCUUCUUUUUUCCCUCUCUUUCCUUUGUUCUCCUUUCCUGUUUUGUUUUUUUUUAAAUUAGCAUUCCAAUCUUUUUCUCUGGAUCUUUUCCACUUAUGCCUUGCCAAGUACAUAGAUGUUGAACCUAGUCUGGUAUAGGAAGAUGGAGAGAAGGAGGGUCAGGAAAAUGAGAAAAAGAGGAGGAGAGUGAGCCAUUUUUCCGAAUUAGGACUAAAAAGCAGAAUAGUGCUCACUUUAGAUGCUCAAUAGAAUGAAUGAGAUGAGAGGAUCUCUUAUUCAGUAAAGGUAGUAGCACAAUUGGGGCUGGGAGACCAUUCCCUCGCCAUACACCUGAAUUUGGGCAACACCCCUGGGCCAUUUCUCCUUCUAUUGCUCUAAAAAUAAAUAAACAAACAAACAAAGAAAUAAAUAAAUAAGAUCUUGAAAAUAUCUAAAGAAG